AUGGUAUCUUCAAUAACAUUUGGAGAGACAGAAUAUCAAUACUUGCUAAUCACUGGAGGGAUAUUACCCAUCUAUGCGAUCGACAGUUGGAUUUCACUCUAUUUCAAACGAGACAAUUAUGCACUCUUUAUCGAUGUUUUUAGGGACUGUUACGAGGCUUAUGUACUAUAUAAUUUUUUCAAACUCCUCACCAUUUGCUUGGGUGGUGUAGAGGCUAUCCAAUCGUUGGCUGUGCGAAAGUCUGGACAACUCGUAUACCCUUUUCCAUUUGGCUGUGUCAAUGUCAACACUGACAAACUAUACAUCAGAUGUCUUCGUGGCGUCAUUCAAUACACUUUGGUCAAACCAAUGAUGGCUCUUGUCGCCGUUUUUGCCUAUGCCAUAUCUGGUCGUUACCAAGAAGGAAACUUUAGUUUGGAUCAAGCAUACCUCUAUACAACCAUCAUCAACAAUAUAUCAGUAAUUGUUGCACUCUACUAUCUCAUUCUCUUUUAUGAAAGCUUUCAAAUAGAGUUAAAUCCUCAUAAACCAAUUUCAAGAUUUUUAGUUAUUAAAGGUAUUAUAUUUUUCACGUUUUGGCAAUCUGUUUUUAUUUCUUUGGUUAUAUAUAUAGGAAUUAUUCCUUCAACAGAAACUUUCACUUCCCAUCAGAUUGGAUUCCUUUUAAAUGAUUUCCUAGUUUGUUUUGAAAUGGUAGUGGCAGCGAUAACACAUUAUUAUGCAUUUUCUUAUAUCGAUUAUAAAAUGUCGGCGUUUAGUGAACGAGAAGGAUGUAUGGAGGAUGUUGCUGGUAAACAACCAGUUGGUUGCUUUGAUCGAUUGGUUCAAUUUAGAUAUAAUUUGCAUAGAUACAAACCAAACAUCAAGGAUGGCAUAAAGGAUACAAAUGAUCAUUCAGAUGUAGUGUUGGAUACUAUAAAAAAUUUAUCACCAGAAAAUAUUAAUAGUGAUAAACAAACAUAUUUUAAAUUGGAAAUCGAUAAACAGGAUACUCCUACCAUGACUUCGUCUUCUUCUUCUUCCAUGUCUUCACCAUUUAUUGAUAACAAUGAUGAAUCAAGUAAAUUAUCAGUUCAAAACAAACUAUUAGUCCAUCCUACUAGUCAUAGUCAACAACAGGAUAAAGAUGAUACAGGUGCUAUCCUCUUUUGA